AUGAGUGACUCGGGGGAGAUCCGUGAAGAGAUAGAAGCGAAGCUGAAGCUGCAGUACUCGCCGGUUGACGCGGGCUGGCGAGAUGUCACGCAGCUGAUAAGUGCAGCAGCAAAGGAGCUGAAGGUCGGACAGCUGAUCCACGAAGACGACUUUAAGCUCUUUGACUGCAUGUCGGCACUGGAGCUCAUGGACCCGAAGAUGGACUCGGGGAUGCUGGUUGAUGGAGCCCCGUUACAGUCCGUUUCUGCUCGACUGGAAAACAAAUCGGUGCUGUUGGAGUUUUCGUCGGCUCGUGACGUGCUGGCCACACUGGAUGAGUUGUUCUGCUGCGAGACGGGGUGGCUGACCGGUUUGCCAUUGGCACAGUCGCUGCUGACGAGUGUGUACUUGCACCGGGACCCGCUGAAUGCUCUUUGGUCGCAGCUUGUCUCGCCGUUGGAAAGUGUGGUGGCAACGGACGCAGACGUGCGCGAUGUUAUCGAGAGCAACGUAGGCGACUCGGCAAAAGACACGUUGCUGCUUGUCAUGUGUGCGAUGAUCCUCGCUACGCUGAAGACUGCGGAUCUUAUCCGUGACGCUGCUCUACGCGCGGAUAUAUACGAGGAAGAAGACUUUUCGCCCGGAAGUGGUUUCAACGCCGGAGUCCUGACGCGGGUAUCUGUUGAUACGCUGGAUACGGUGCUACAAGUAACACAGGAACGGCUGGAGGCCCUCGUUGAGCAGCACAAAGCUGUCUUGCCGAAAAAAGCAUCAAAGAAGAAGCACAACAAAAGAACAAGUAGCGUAUGUUCAAACAGCAGCAAACGACCUAGUCCGUCUGGGUAUGAACCGCUGUGUCCGAAUCCCCGAGUUGGUGCCUUGACGUGCGAAGCCUUCAUUCGACGAGUUCGGCUGCGAAGGGAAUUGCUUGCUACCUAUGCGGGUUUGGGCAGAGCAGAGAACGGUUUGGAUCUGCAGCAUGCGAGGGAUGGUUUCCAUCGUGCUCAUGAAUUGGUCGGGGAGUUGUCCACCGAGAGGCUCGAGCUCGACGUAGAGUGCUUCAGUGGAAAGCCGAUCGGCUUUGAUUCGAGUAUCAGCCGUUUCCUUCUCUUCGGCGCACCACCGCGCGAUAUCAAGGUGCCCUCGAUCGACGAGGCGUUGGGUCAGAUGAAAAAAGUGCUGGAAGAGUUGGUGACUGGCUGCUCUCCUACUGGAUGGACGUGCAUGGAAGACUUGCGCAUUUUCUUGAUCGAGUUUUCCAGGCAGCGUCCCUCAAUCGUGGCGCGCUCUUACGUACUGCUUUUCCUGUACGCUGACAGCAAAGUUUAUGGCAAAUACAGCUUCAUGGAUUGGCUGUCGGCAGCCAUGGUGAUGAAUGGAGUUCCUUCCGUGCUGCUCUCGACGCAAGAAGGCGUGCUGUAUUCAUCGCGGUGCAUUGAGACUAUGUACGAGUCGCUCAAGGUUUAUUUGCACAACCGAUCACGACAGCGUGCGCGAAUCGAAUAUUUAUUGGAUGAGUGGAGCAUACUUCAGGCAGAAGCUGCUGCCGUAGACGAGAGGUUUAUGAUGGAGAUGAGCAUCCCGAAAGCUGCAAACCCGCGAUACUUCACGGCUUGGACUCUCGAGGAAUCGGUGCAACUCAUGACUCAAUACGUGGUGUUGGGGCUGGAGCUGGAACUAUAUGCGCCCUCAGAGUUUGGAACCGCGUACUGGUACCUGGAUUACUUGGAAGGCUCACGUCUCCAAAAUCUGAACGUGACGUGGACGUUUGUCGAGAAGAUGAGUCAGCUCAUGCCACAACGCCCGGCAACCGAGCAGUGCAAACCGAAGAUUGUUACACCCCUGGCAUCGCAAGCUAGCUCUGCGACGAGUAAAACGUCGAAGAAGUCGAAGACAAAGCACAAGAAGCACCACAAUGGCGUUGGGGCAGCCAUCGUCGAGUCCUCGGAUAUUAUGCGCCAAUCCGUUGACUGCACAAGGGCUCGGUUUCUCCGUGAGAUCAAGUAUACGGAAUUGAUGCGCAGUCUGAUGCGGGCGUACUUCCAGCUGUUCAACGCACUCGAACGCGAGGGGCUGGUGGAGGCCAAGUCUCCCAUGUACAGCACGUUUACGAUUCGAUUCCAGCAUCGCUUUGCGCCGUUCCAGAAACUCCAAUACCCUGCUGCACUGACGUACGUGGACUUUAACGAGAAUAGCGACUUCUCUAUCUACGAGCUGGACCUCAUCUACAAGUCAGUCGAGGAGUGUUUCAAGACAGCUCGAGCACAUGCCGAGGAGCUGCUGAGCGACAAAGAAGGAUUCAACACGAUUGCUACUGCAACCGGCAAGAAGCUCGUCCGUGGUAUGGAGCUGCAGGCGCUCCUCAAGGUGUCCAUUGCCAACAGCGUUCGUCUCGCCCAACGGCGCCAGACUACAGGCGGUGGCAAGUCGAAGAAGGUCGCGCAAGGAGCCGCGACGCCGAUCGAGUUUGACUUUUCCACGCACCCCCAGUUUCCAGUGGUAGUGUUCCCUCUGUCGUAA